UAGAUUAAUUACCAAAGAAAAGUGAUAUAACUUCCUCGGAUCGGAAGGUAGCUGAGUCGGAAGGGUGAUUUACAGCAAGGUUGAUACUCUAAUCUGGUAACGCUAACCUAAGCUGGUCAUUAAGGCUCUUGAGCGUGAAAAACCUCGGCACUUUUGGAGUCAGAAGCACCUGCAAGACACUCACAUUGUUGGCUGCCCCACCGCAUACAAGUCAGGCACGGCUUACCGGCGUGUGAAGCCCAUUUUAGCAGGAAACGACGCGUUGACUUUCGACGCGCCAGUCAGUCAGGUUCUUCUGCAUAUACUUUUUCCUUCAUUCCUUCUCUCUUCCGUAUGCUCUUUUGCUGCCUGUCCUGUCUCGUUAGAUCCUCUAUUCUGCUAUUACCUACCGCGGUGGUCUGCCGGUAGUAGCAAGUCAUCAUGCGCCUUCGCGAAUUACCUAGUGCAGUGUGCGAUCUGCUUACGGGCUCCCGCUACGGUGCCGUCGUCGCCCUGCUGCUAUGGCUCGUUGAUCUGGCGUUCUCUGUCGCUAUUGUCUUCAAGGUACCCUACACCGAAAUUGAUUGGAAGGCCUAUAUGGAACAGGUAGCUCUCUACAUAGACGGCGAACGCGAUUACACGAAAAUAAAGGGUGGUACAGGUCCAUUAGUAUAUCCCGCAGGCCACGUCUAUAUCUAUAGUCUGCUAUACAAGUUGACCGACAACGGUGAAAACAUUUUUCGUGCGCAAAUGAUCUUUACCGGUCUAUAUUUGGCUACUCUUGCGUUGGUCUUCAGGAGUUACAUCAAAGCAAAGGCGCCUCUCUACGCUUUUCCCUUGGUCAUUCUCUCAAAAAGACUUCACAGUAUCUACAUGCUUCGGUUAUUCAACGACGGGUUUGCUAUAUUUGUGACUUAUGUCGCGAUCUCAGUCUGGCAAAAUCAGUACUGGCUGCUGGGCGCUAUGAUCUUCAGCUUUGGCGUCAGUAUCAAAAUGAAUGUUCUUCUUUUCCUUCCCGCAGUGGGAGUGAUUAUGCUUCAGGCUUUAGGGCCGAAGGUAUUUCGAGCAGCACUGUAUAUGCUCCAGGUCCAGAUCAUUGUCGCAUACCCGUUUUCGUCAAAAUUCUUCCUAUCUUAUGUUACCAGAGCGUUUCAGUUCAAUCGCGUAUUCCUAUACAAGUGGACUGUGAACUGGAGAUUCAUUGAAGAAGCGGUAUUCUUGACUCCAGAGUUUGCACAGACUUUGCUGUUGAUUCACGUCGUUCUACUACUCGGGUUCAUAUUUACACGCUGGAUUAAACCCUCGAAUAUGAAUCUCAUAAACAUUAUACAGACACUUGUGUUUCCUACACCUCGGCCCAUCGCGGUGGAGCAUGCUAUAUUCGCCAAGAUGUCCCCAGACUUUAUUCUCAAGACUCUUUACACGUGCAAUUUGAUUGGGGUGUUGUGCGCCCGUUCGCUUCACUACCAAUUUUAUUCUUGGUUUGCGUGGAGUUUGCCUUACCUUUUGUCUGUCACAGGAUGGCACCCGGUUGUACAGUACGGUAUCUGGUUAGCAGAGGAAUGGGCUUGGAAUGUCUUCCCGAGUACCAGACUGAGCUCACUUGUCGUUGUUGGAACGAAUGCAGCGAUAAUAAUCGGGGUUUGGUUUGGGACGAAGAAAGAUGCACUUGCUCAAAAAGGUGUUGCCGGUGCACCGGUUGUCCCGCCCGAGAUGUCCUCUAUUUCGAUUAAGGAGUCACCUGCACCUAUCAUUUCGGCACCAGUAUCGGCUUCCACAGGCACCUCUCACUCUGCCAGCCCUUCUGGGAACAAUCCCGGCAUGACCAAAGCGUCUAUGAGGGAUCAAAAACGUAGAAGGGCAAGCGGGAGAUAGAUUGUCUUUGUAUCUUUGUUUUUUUUGUUGUUACUUUUGUUGUUGCUUGCUCUGUCUAUUGAGGGCACAUGUGUAUACUUACCACCUCACUAUGUAAAUAAAUUAGACAUUAUUUCCUGUUACUUGAGUAUGAUCUGCGAGGAGGUGGUAGAGGACCCACAGUUCUACAGGUGCACGAGUUCCAUUAGUUUAUAUUGGCGGUCUCUCUGCCACAUGGUGAUUGGUACACGGAAUACGUUACGUAUCAGCCCAUU